AGAGGGAGAGAGAUUUUCAUCCAAACUACCGUUUUUCCAGAGCCUGAUCUGCUCCGCGGCUCAGCGCAGCUCCCUAUUGUUCAAACUGGGAGGGAAAUAUAACGUUCCGGCUUGUGAGUCAUUUUUGUGUCUUUUUUGAACGGGGGUUUAUAUAUAUAUUUAUAUUUCUAUAUAUAUACAUUUCCGCUCCUCUGUUUUUGGGUCUGCUGCUCGAUUGGCGACGCUCUGAAUGCCGUAUUCACUGUCAACUUCUCCCGAUUUCUCCACUCAGACUUGAGCUGCAUCAUGAAUAGUUUUGGGGCGCCUUUCCAUCGCAUACCUCUGGAAUGGUGGGGAUUACACAUCAGCCGAAACCUGGCGGGCAUGUAAACGCAGAUGGAGUUUGGGAUUUAUUGCGAAAUAAGGGAAAGAUGACCGCCUUCUCAUUGUGUUUGCUCCUGUGCGCGGAUCUACUGGAUUUAGCCGUCGGAUAUUUGACAGUUACCAUAGAGCCCCUGCCUCCUGUUGUUGUGGGAGAGACUGUUACUCUCAAGUGUAACUUCAAAACUGACGGACGGCUUCGAGAGAUUGUUUGGUACAGGGUCACUGAUGGAGGCACCAUCAAGCAGAAAAUCUUCACCUAUGAUGCCAUGUUUAAUACCAAUUACUCUCACAUGGAGGAUUACCGCAGACGUGAAGACCUUGUAUAUCAAUCCACUGUCAGGCUCCCCGAGGUACGGAUCUCUGACAACGGACCUUACGAAUGCCACGUGGGCAUCUAUGACCGGGCAACGAGGGAGAAGGUUGUCUUGGCUUCAGGGAACGUUUUUCUUACUGUUAUGUCACCUCCAAACAACAUAUCAGUGGUGGCAGAGAAUACUCCAGCACCAUUCAGUCGAUACCAAGCCCAGAAUAUCACUCUUCUCUGCACUGCAAAGGGGGGGAAACCUGCUCCAUCGGUCUACUUCAAGCGUGAUGGGGAGCUGAUUGAGGUGAUUUCCUACUCUCAACCCUCCUCUAGUGAGCAGGUGGGAGGUGGCUCAGCGGGGGUAAGAGGAGCGAGGCCGCUCAUCAGCCGGGACCUCGAUGAUACUAAGCUCCAGCGGUCCCUCUCCCUUUUGGACCCCGAAGCACGAUCGUCCCGUCUCAACACAGACAUUCCCCAGCGUGUCCACACUCAGGGCCAGCAGGCCCACGAGCCCAGCCCUGCAACAGAGGUCAUCCCAGAAACGGUGGUGAGCCGAGAGUUCCCCCGCUGGGUGCACAGCACAGACCCUCUCUACUACUUCAGUCACACUCACGUCCCCCAGAGUGACGGCUCGGUGGUGGUGCAGGCUCGACUCACCUGGACGCUCAAUCCUCAGCUGGAUAAUGACGCCCUGUUCAGCUGUGAAGUCAAGCAUGCAGCACUGUCUAUGCCAAUGCAGACAGAGAUCACACUGGCGGCUCCUAAGGGUCCUAAACUCAUGAUGUCCCCCACUAGAGCAAAGGUGGGAGACACGGUGCGCAUCGCUGUAAAAGGAUUCCAGAACGACGUGUUCCCCGAGCCCCUCUUCACCUGGACACGGGUAGGGGGCCGCCUGCUAGAUGGCAGCACAGAGCGAGAGGGGAGGGAGCUCAUUCUGGAGAGAGUGCCAGCUGAGCUCAAUGGCUCCAUGUAUCGCUGCACUGCCCAGAAUCCUCUAGGCUCUACAGAUACGCACACUCGCCUCAUAGUCUUUGAAAAUCCAAGCAUGAUGAAAAACACACAGAACCCGAACAAUGGAGCCUGCCAAAAGGACGUGCUCGGACUAAUGUGGAUGGCACUUGUCCUCACAGUGACAGUGGAAAUGACGUGAAACCGCUCAUGCAAGACACACACACACACACACAUGCUCCCUUCUUGCACAACAUCCAUAUACCCACACAUGCACACACACAGACACACUUUCCACAAUCCUGCAAGCCUUCUCCAGUCAUCAACAGAACUUUCAUGCGUCAGUCGAUCAGGAACCAGUGCCACCGCAGGAUGGCGCCCCCUCUUUUUGUAACACGAUAUAAGAUAAGAUAUCAAAAAGAACAACGUGAUGAACAUUACAAUAACCGCCUCCUAUAUAGCCCCUCCCAGUUACACCUUCUUUUCGUUUCUUGUCCCACGUCUGCCUGUUGACCAAUAAAUCCAUUUGAUUUGAAACCGAAAAGAAAAAAAGAAUUUGGAUUUUAUUUUGACGAGUCACUUGUCGUUGAUGUUGACUGAAAAAUUUGAAAAGUGGAACUGGCUUAGGCUGCGCCACCAUAUCACCCACACCCUGUCUGUUACUUGUCCCAGGAUGCACCUGAUUUGUGAGAUGCUGAUAAACCGCAGGAGACAAACACUGAUGCUCCAAGAGAACAUUCUUUUUUUUAAUCAAUAUAUAAGUAUUCCCUUUUUCCUGAUGGUUCGGAAUGUACAAGAGGAUUGAGAAUCGAAAAAAAAAAAAUCUCCUUUUUGAGUGUAUUUUGUGUACAUCAGUGUAAAUAUUGAAAAUAAUUAAAGAAGUUAUAUGGGAUAUGGUGAGGAAUGGUUGCUGAGAUAGUUGGAGUACUCCACCUUACUUCACCUUUGUUUGUACGUCAUUCAACACUUUUCAGAGAUCAUUCUUGGCUGAAAGGACAGAUACAUUAACAGCCUUUUUGUUUUCUCAGUUGGGCUCUUUAUAUCUGUAUGGCAGGCUUCCAGGAGUAAAAAAAAACAAAAAAAAAAAAAUCUGACAUACUGUAUGUCUGCUGUUUUGGGGUUGUGGUGCAUGUGAUGUUUGAGGAUUCUUUCUCCUUUUGGUGUGUUGCAAUUGACAGCACUGCAACUCAUUGUCACUGGCCUGUAAUCCAGUUAUUUACUUGUGACAUACUAUCUUGAGUGACCUACAUUGUGUACAAUACAUAACUCUUACCCACACAUUUACAGUACUAUAGGAUCAUUUUAGCCACCAUUCCAGGGAGGAGCCCACCUGAGGCAGCGUGUGUAAAACAGGGUUGUUGCAUUUGUUUCAUUUCACCUGUAUUAAAAUGGAGAGAUGAUAAAACUCA